AUGUCUCGUGCAGCGCUGCUUCAGCCCAGCCCCAAUCUGCUGGCGCAGACCAGGCAGUGGGUGGCGGUGCAGCCCUUCACAGCAGCAACCGCGCCCAGGCUCGGCGGCCCGCGGCUGGCGGCGGCACGGCGGCGGCAGCGAGGCGGCGUCGCGUCGCGGGCCCAGGCCGGCAGCAACUACGUCGAAGAGAAGUCGUUCCGCAUUGAGCAGGUCUCCUUUGGCUCCAUCCUGUCCCCCAUCGGCCUCUCCCUCAUGGUCUACGGCUUUGGCGCCUUCUUCAACCUGCUGCCGGGCGGCGACCUGUCCUCCCUCAUGCUCAUCUACGGCUUCCCCAUCACGGCCAAGCUGCAGGCCCUGGAGCGCAGCGUGCAGCGGUCAGGGUGA